AAGCUUAAAUGCUAAGCUGAACCUUCUUCUAAGCAUAUCAGACCCACCAAGCUCCAAAUAUCUCAUCUCUUUCGCAUUAAUUCCAACAAAUACAUUAAACCGUUUUGUUGAAAUGAUCAAAAUGAGAACAGUGAUGUUGUUUAUGAUCGUAUUAUUCGAACUGAUAUUUGGGUUUUCAAAUGCCCAACUCCAAGUUGGGUUUUACAAUGAUGUGUGUCCCGAAGCAGAAUCAAUAGUUACCGGUUUUGUGAGAGAUGCAGCCAAUUCUAACCCUCAGAUUCCUGCUAUCAUGCUCAGGCUUCACUUCCAUGACUGCUUCGUCGAGGGAUGUGAUGGGUCGAUUCUGAUAGAUAUAGGAAAAGAUUCAGAGCGAUUGGCAUUCGGGCAUCAAGGGGUACAAGGGUAUGAUGUAGUAGAGAACGCAAAAGCGAAGCUGGAAAGUGUUUGUCCAGGCGUAGUUUCAUGUGCGGAUAUUGUUACCAUGGCUGCGAGAGAUGGUGUUGCUAUUAGUGGUGGGCCAUCUUAUCAAGUCGAAACAGGAAGGAAAGAUGGUCUGGUAUCAAAUAUAAAUCUUGCUGACAGAAUGCCAGAUGUUAAAGACUCAAUUCAGCUUCUCAAGCAAAAAUUCAUCGAAAAAGGACUUAACGACAAAGACCUUGUGGUUCUUAGUGCUGCUCACACUAUUGGUACAACUGCAUGCUUCUUCAUGGAGGAUCGGCUAUACAACUUUGCUGAUACUGGAGGUCCGGACCCGAGGAUAAACCCUAGUUUCCUACCCGAACUGACACAUACAUGCCCUAAAAACGGGGACAUAAUGGUCCGGUUGCCCAUGGAUCAUGGGAGUGGAGAGACUUUUGAUAAUCAAAUUUUACAAAAUAUAAGAAGUGGUUUUGGAGUGCUAGAAUCGGAUGCAAAGCUAAUGGAUGACCCGACGACAAAGGGAAUAGUGGAUUCGUAUUUUGGGGGGUUGAAUCCGGUGACUUUUGAGGAGGAUUUUGUGAAUUCCAUGGUGAGAAUGGGAAGGAUCGGAACCAAGGAUGAUUCUAAUGGGAACAUUAGACGUGUAUGUAAAGCGUUUAAUUAGAUUAUUGGAAGAAUAAAAUGAGUUAUAUAUUCAGCUUUUAGAAGAAAAGUUAGUCGAUCUCACUUGUUUUCUUUAUAUAUACAAAUGAUCAUAUUACAACUUACAAGCCUUUUUGAUAAUGUG